AUGGUAGAAAAGCAAACGGCUGCUGAUCUGAAACAAAAUAUUUUGGAUUUAUUGACAAAACUAGAUAAACGAAAUAUUCGCCUACCUAAUACAAAAACUCGUUUACAAACGAAAUCAGAACAAGACUACAACAUUGACUAUGAAGACAUUGAAUAUCGUUAUUCAAUAUUAAAAGACUUAGAAUUUAUACCCAUUAACGAUAUUCAUGAUUUAAAUAGACAAGCAAAGGCAAUGGAAGAAGAAAUGGAACAAGACGAUGAUUCGGAAAGUACUGUUUCAAAUAUCAUGAUAAAAUUACAUUUGUUGUUUUAUCUAAUAUUAAGCAAUGAUGAUGAAGAUGAGGUGAUUACACGGACAGUAAAAGGUAUUCCAAUAGUUCAAACACUCGAACAUCGACAGCAAGAUUUAUUAAAUGAACUGUUCAAUAUACCGUUAAAUGAUAUAAAAUCACAUUUAAUGGAGAAAAAUAUAGAAUUUGAAAAAUUCUAUUGUAGCGACACAUUUGAUUUGUUAUUAACUCGAGCGGAACAGUGUUCACUAACUAAUGAUCCGUUUAUCGAAGGUUUAUACCUCUAUAUUGAAAACAAACUCAGACCCCUUUAUGAACUUUCAACGGUCCAGCUUGUUACACAAAUGAAAGAAAAAUAUUUUGACAUUGAUGAUGGUGUAAUAACAAGAAAAAAAAUCAUCGAAUAUUUGGAAAAUAAUCCGAUAUCAAGAGGUUUAACUGAUUUUUUACGAAAAACAAAAAUGAAAAAAUUAUUAUUAACCGAUGACCUUGGACCAUAUAAUAAACUAUUUGAUACUUAUUGUGACAAAAUCGAUAACCCAUUAAAACGCAAAAUAUAUUAUACAAGGGCAUCAGCAGCAACAAUUCAAGAGAAAGGGCAUGUAACAGAAAAUAAAGACCUACUGUGGUCCAGUGCGGAUGAUGCUAACACUCAGUCAAAGGAACCUAAAAUGAUGAUGUUCUCAAAAGUAACAACUGCCAUUAAUACAUUGCCGUUUAAAAAUCGUUCAACCAUUCAAUCAUCCGUAUCGGAAGAUGUUCAAUUUCGAGCUCUAUAUGAACAUCCCUCUACUGUUAACAAUAAUAAGAGUCGUAAGGCUGCAAAACGAAAAAGGCGAGAUAAAACAAACACAAGAAAGAGAAAACAAUUCUUCGCGAACAAAUAA